UAAAAUAUCAAUAAGCUCUGUUUCUUUCAAGAAAAGGUGACACCUGUCUGUAUUGACUUCAGUGGGAUUUGGAUCCAGCUCUUAAAGAUGUGAAAAUGAGCUCACUAGUUUUAGGUAUUAUGGUUCCAUAGUUAAGGCUGAGUUGAGUUUUGCACUUAAAGCAGGGAUUCAACCACUUUGUUUAUGUAUGAAGCAUUAGUCUUUGAGUACAGAAUUCAUUUUCUAAGUGUUUACAAGUAAUUGAUUAAUUAGUGUUUGUGGGGUGCAGGAUUGGAGGUAGAUUUGAGAGGUAGGAAGGGAGGGAAAUGUAGAGAAGUGCAAUUGGCAGCUGGAAUUUGAGGUUUGUGUGCACAGGAGAAUGUGCAGGGCAAGAGGGAGAGGGAUAAAACCCCAGCUGCUUUUGCAGUGCUCUGAUGGUGUAAACGCAGCUUAGCUGGCAGAUAUGCUCGAGCUGCUUUGUGCUGCCCCAGAAGGACAUAAAGUAGCUGGAGCAUACUGGUGAAUAUUGUCAUAGAAGUUAAAAUUUAAAAUAAAUUAUUUAAAAUUGCUAAUUCUUAUCUUCAAAUGAUUAGAAAUAUCACCUUGUAACUUUUUCUUUAGAUUUCUUGUUUACCCUUCAUGUAUACAAUUUUUGAUUAAACACAACCAAAAGAAAGAAACAAACAAAAAAACAAAGGGCAAAAAGUACGUUCAAACAGACAAUGAAGUAUGUAUUUCCCUACUUUAACAUGUUUGGAUUUCUUUGCAGGUUAACCUGACUCUGAGUUUCCUACAUUUAUUCUGCUUGGCUUGGGGAUAAUUCAAUACUCCCAUAAUGUAUUUUACUCUAAAUUACUGCUGUGUACUCUCAACCUUAACUUCAUGUUGACAUCAUUUUCUUUUUAAUAAAAUGGCUGUGGCUCUGUAGUUAGGGUUGCAGUAGUCAUUACAACACUGAUCUCUUAAGUCACAAAAUCUGCAUACUUGAAAUUACAUCAUUUGAUUUAUUGAUGUGUGUCACUCAUCCUAUUGGAGAAGGUAUAGAGACAGAAGAUAAUUAGGGUAAUGCCCAUCAUUUAACAUACUGUACGGAGCUGCCUGCUUUAAAUCACUCUGUGUAUUUUGUUUAAUCCAAAAGGAGUUUAAUGGACGUUGGAAAGAAGAUAACAUCUGAUGAUUACAUAAUAAUCUUUUUCUGCUAGCUGCGUAAUGACUAUCAUUAAUAGUUAUCUUUAAAUGAGUAUUAUGUGUUUUUGUUCUGUGUUCUAUAACAACUUUUGGAUGUAAAUAUUAGAAAGGUAAUCUUUUGCUGUCUAUUUAAACAGCUGCUUUCAUCAAACAUUUUUAGCUUUUCUACUGCUUUGUUUUCAGAAUUGUUUUUUUUUUUUUUCUGGCAGGAGCUGAAGAGUUAUUACUUAAGUGUGUGUUUCUGAUUGUGUGUUUCAAAUAGUUUCUGCUUUCCAAAAUGACACUGGGCAUGUUGAAACACAGAGAAUAAAAUCCAGGCCCAAUUGGAGUCAGUGGGAGCUUUGCCAUUGACUUCAGUGUACCCAGAAUGUUUGUUAAUACUGGACGUGCUUUAGAAGUAAGAAUUAGAUCAUGACAUUUUUUUUCCUUUUUUUUGAAUUUAGAAACCCCAAUUGUAAUUUAAAGGGAAGAUACUUCUAUUGUGGGUGGAAAGAAAAAGAAAAGCUACCUCCAUGGAAGACUCUCAGGAUUUAAAUGAACAAUCGGUAAAGAAAACGUGCACAGAAUCAGAUGUUUCAGAGGCUCAGAAUUCCAGGUCUAUGGAAAUGCAGGAUCUAACCAGUCCUCAUAAUCUUGUUGGAAGCAGUGAUAAUCCGAGUAGUUCCAAACUGGAUAAAUCUAAUCUCAGCAGCACAUCCAUCACAACAAAUGGAACAGGAGUGUCUCUUCUUGCAGUCAAAACAGAGCCCAUGAACAGCAGUGAAACAACCACCACCACCACAACUGGAGAUGGAUCGCUUGACACUUUUACUGGGUCAGUAAUAACAAGUAGUGGCUACAGUCCAAGAUCAGCACAUCAGUACUCGCCGCAGAUAUAUCCCUCCAAGCCCUAUCCACACAUUCUUUCUACACCAGCAGCUCAAACAAUGUCUGCAUAUUCCGGACAGACCCAGUAUUCAGGAAUGCAACAGCCUGCAGUCUAUACAGCCUACUCACAGACUGGACAGCCUUACAGUUUACCUGCUUAUGACUUGGGUGUAAUGUUGCCAGGCAUCAAGACGGAAAGCGGGCUUUCGCAAACACAGUCACCACUGCAGAGUGGGUGCCUCAGUUACAGUCCGGGGUUUUCCACACCACAGCCAGGCCAAACACCAUAUUCUUAUCAAAUGCCAGGUUCUAGUUUUACACCCUCAUCUACUAUUUAUGCAAAUAAUUCAGUCUCGAAUUCUACAAACUUCAGUGGUUCACAACAGGAUUAUCCAUCCUACACAGCUUUUGGCCAAAACCAGUAUGCACAGUAUUAUUCAGCAUCAACAUAUGGAGCAUAUAUGACCUCAAACAACACAGCUGAUGGCACGUCUUCAUCAUCAUCAACCUAUCAGCUACAGGAAUCUCUCCCUGGCCUGAAUAGUCAACCAGGUACAGAUCUUCAUCCAGGGGAGUUUGACACAGUACAGAGCCCCUCAACACCGAUCAAAGAUCUUGAUGAGAGAACGUGUCGGAGUUCUGGGUCAAAGUCUCGGGGUAGAGGGCGGAAGAAUAAUCCAUCACCCCCUCCGGACAGUGACUUGGAGCGUGUAUUUGUUUGGGAUUUGGAUGAAACGAUCAUCGUUUUCCAUUCGCUGCUUACAGGAUCCUAUGCACAAAAAUAUGGCAAAGAUCCACCAAUGGCAGUGACCCUGGGCCUGCGAAUGGAAGAAAUGAUUUUUAAUCUUGCUGAUACACAUUUAUUUUUUAAUGACUUGGAGGAAUGUGAUCAAGUUCAUAUAGAUGAUGUUUCUUCUGAUGACAAUGGGCAAGACCUAAGUACCUACAGUUUUGCAACUGAUGGCUUCCAUGCAGCUGCAAGUAGUGCAAACCUUUGUCUGCCAACAGGUGUAAGAGGAGGGGUUGACUGGAUGAGGAAGCUGGCUUUCCGUUACAGAAGAGUAAAAGAAUUGUAUAAUACUUACAAGAACAACAUAGGAGGUCUCCUUGGCCCUGCUAAAAGAGAUGCGUGGCUGCAGUUAAGAGCAGAGAUUGAAGCUCUGACCGACUCCUGGUUGACAAAUGCACUUAAAUCAUUAUCAAUUAUUAGCACUAGGAGUAACUGUGUAAACGUUUUGGUAACAACCACCCAACUCAUCCCAGCACUUGCAAAGGUCCUAUUGUAUAGUUUAGGAGGUGCUUUUCCUAUUGAAAAUAUUUACAGUGCAACCAAAAUAGGAAAAGAAAGUUGCUUUGAACGAAUAAUGCAAAGGUUUGGCAGAAAAGUAGUAUAUGUUGUAAUUGGGGAUGGUGUAGAAGAAGAACAGGCAGCAAAAAAGCACAACAUGCCUUUCUGGAGGAUAUCCAGUCAUUCGGACCUCUUGGCUCUACAUCAAGCACUGGAACUAGAGUAUUUGUAACUGUGUUCUAUAGUCAGCAAUCCUUUUUUCUAUUUCAAGUACACUGAAUUUUUAUGUGUGAUUCGAUGCCUCUGGCUUAACACAUAUGAAUUGUCUUAAGAAGGGAAGAAAUAUUUGGAAUGAAAAUUCCACAAUGAAGAACUCAGAUUGCUGAAUGGAGUUAAAAUGUUAACGCUACAUAAGGAAGCUCUAUGGUCUUAUAUAUGCAACAUUUUUAACGAAUAAAAACUAUGGAGGUUGCUGAUACACACCAAAUCAGCCCUAAUGGGAGCGAACAAAGGACUCAUGAUGGCAAAGCACCAACGUGCAUUUUCUGACCGACAAGGUGGUGGUCAACAACAUUCCUCAAUAUGGGGUAUACUCUCAGCACUGAGGUUUGAACCAGACUUUAGCCUACCUAACCCAGAAAAUCUGAAUUGGAAUGCACUCAGACUGUAUAAUGACAAUCCUGUCUAGAUCUGUAAUUUGUGUAAAUUAUUGAUGAAAAUAAUUUACUGUGACUUUAUUAGCAGCUGAUUUUUGGAAGUGGAUGCAAUUUUUCUUUUUUGGGGAAGGGGGUGGGGAAGGGUUAUAUAAUGUCUCUUUUCUAAGUUUGGCAAACAGAAUGUGCAUAAUGAUGUGUUGUGCCUUAAAGACAAGACUGUGUUUGUGUGUUGCAAUGUAAUUUUGGUUAAAAACUAUGUAGAUAAACAAAAAAAAUUGUGAAAUUUUUUUUGACAUGACCAAAUUUCAAAUUCAAGUAAUCAAAGAGCAGGGCUGUACCAAAAGCAUUUGUUUCAGUACGGAAAAAAAUAAAGGAAAGUUUGUGGUUUUUAUUUGGCUUCUGAAUAGUUCCACUAAGGCAAGUUAAGAGGCUUUUGGGAGGCUGAAAUGAUAUUGGGGACAGUUACCUUCAAAGCUAAAGCAAUUACGUAACAUCUUGAACAUCCUUUCUUCAUUCUCACAUGAGAAAACUAAGACCCAUAUUCAUUAGUUACUUACAGGAUACUGGAAAAACCUGCAGAGAGCGCACCUGCCAUUUACAGAAAACCAAAUUAAGUCUCUUCCGUUUCCCUGUUUCCCCGGUUAGGAAUGGCCUGGAGGAUCAUAUUCCACACUAGUCCUACCACCUCACAUCUGAUUUCAGUGUCAUGAAGCAAUUGGAAGUGUUAAUGACUUUAGUUUAUUGUGGAGGAUGGAAAUUGCUCUUCCUUGAUACUAAUAUGUGUGCCCACUUGUUCCAACUGUGUAGUGAACUUGUCAUGAUAGGAUGUGAAAUGCAGGGACACCUCUGUAAGGACAGUACUCAAUGAUAUGCAGUCCUCCCAUUCUUUGCUGUGAAACCAUUCAGGAGGUGUUCAUAGGGAAAAUACUUGUUGCUUAUUUAAACUACAUUGACCAUGUCAAAGUCAGGUGUUUGGGUGAAAUCCUGGCCCCACUGAAGUGAAUGGCAAAACUCCUUUAUAACUCACUAAGUAAAAAGGAAUUCCUUUGCCUCCAUUGGAAUUUUGUACACAAGUCAUUCAGACAACAGACUGGUAUGCUAUUGCCACCCGUUUAAAAUGUGCAGUCAUCACACUGGUCUUGCCACAUAUUAAAUUAUUAUAUGCCUCCACUUACAGGAGAAAUUUGGGGGGGAGGAGGGGGAAUUCCUUUUUCCCCUCCCUUGAAAAAAGUCCUAUGGCUGUGAAUUAUUUACAAGUAGUUUAUUCUUACAGUAUGGUACCUUACCAAAUUUGGCCUAAAAAUAAACUGAUGUAAAAAGGUUAAAAUUUUAAAGUUUUCAUUUUUUAUUACAGUGGAAGUUUAAGUGAAGAGCUUUUAAAUAUACUGAAAAACAGUCUUCAAAAUGAUUUUAACAUUUGUUUUUAAAAGGAACGUGGCAGCUCUAGUAAUAUGUAGUCCAGAGCCUGCCAUUUAUUUAAAAAAAAAAAUCACAACUUCAUGGGAGUUAUGCAUGUGAACCUAUGGGAGGGUAUGGCUCAGAGAAUAAAAUUUUGAUAUGUUUUUGUACAGCAUCUAGCACAAUGAAGCCAUGAUAAUAUUGGGACCUCUAUGCAUUAGCUUCAUACCAUAAAUAAUACAUAAUUCACAAAAAUCUUACAGCACCUCUCCACUUAAGGGUUUAGCCCUAAAUCCUUUACACUUCACACAUACAAAUAUACCAAAGCUCUUUCCAGAAAUCCAGAUGCAGAUAUACUUUACUUAAGGAAAAAGUAACACGUGGUAUCUUUAAAUACAGUCUCAUAGCAUAUACUUACUUUGAUAAGGCUGCCUGCAUGAGAACUACAGGCAUGAAUAACCAAGGCAGGUAUUUUACUCAAAUUGGACAGUUCCAAAUAGGUAUGGUUGGACCUAAAGUAAGCUUUGAGUGCAUUUUAAUUCAAUGUAUCUAAUACAAUAACAACUGCCUCCCUUCAACCCCACCCCCAAAAUGAAUACAAAUGUUAUAUUUGCAAAUACUGUCUGCAAUUAAAAUAUAGACUGUUUUGCCUUUUGCAGUUACUGUAGCAAUCUAAAGUGUGUUCAGUACUUGAACAUUAGGCACUUUUAAUACUGCACUUGCAAGAUAUAAACACAGUGCAAUUUCAAUCACAGAGUAAACAAUAUCUUAAAUACAAUAAAGGGUAAGCUAGUACAGUUAAAUAUGAAGAAGUAAAGUGAAAUUAGAAGCAAAGCUGUCUUAGAAACAGUUGUUGAUUGUGCACAAAGAUAUAGGUGGUGGCUGACUCCCAGAAUUGGAUUUUAUGAGUAUCCAGUAUAAUAUAUGCGCC